AUGACGGCAACGGGAGACCAAUCGGUUCCACGCGAAGAACGGGUCCUGCUCGCCGUCAGGGCCUAUCAGCAGGGCCAAUUCAAAAGUACCCGCAAGGCUGCGGCCGCAUACGACGUCCCUCAAUCGACAGUAUCUGAUCGACUGCGCGGUGUCAUUCGCCGACGCGACGCUCAGAUGAACAACCUGAAGUUGACGGCGACGGAAGAGACUGCCCUGGUACAAUGGAUCUUGUCGAUGGACGAGCGAGGGAUGCCGCCGACAGUGGCUUACACUCGUCGGAUGGCCAACUUAUUGCUUUCCGAGCGAGGCAAAGAUCCUGUCGGGGAAAACUGGGUGCGGAAGUUUGUUGGCCGCCACGGCGAAAUCAAGGCAAAGUACUCUCGCCGAUACGACUACCAACGAGCCAAAUGCGAAGACCCCCAAAAGAUCCAAGGAUGGUACGAUCGAGUCGCGGCGACGAAACAGAAAUGGGGGAUUCUUGACGAGGAUGUCUAUAACUUUGAUGAGACGGGGUUUCAAAUGGAGUCGCUGCAACGGCGAGACCUGGAAAUCGAGAAUGGGUUACUGUGA